AUGGCGCCAGCCGAGAAGAAGCAGAAGUCCCUCACAAGCUUCUUUCAGCCUAGGCCUGCCAGCAGCCCCGUGGCUGCUUCACAGAAGCCGACGACGCAAUCGCCGUCGCCAUCACGAGCCGAAACCAACAAGACCAAACCAGUCGAGACUUCCCGGAAGAGGCCGCUAGAGGAGGACGCCGACCGAGUCAACAAUGGAUCUAAUAGGACUUUGAAGAGGAGAAAGGCCGAUAUCUCGGAAGAGGCCGAAGGGGAAGUAGCCCCUGCACCAUCGUCGCCUCUUGGGUCCAAGGUCCGGCCAUCUGCGCCGAAACCGUCGUCGCGGACAGAGCGCUUUCUCUGCGUGGAACCGUCUUCUGACGCUGCAGUGCCGCUUGAAGAAGAUGAUGAAGAAGAAGAAGACGCAGAAACGGCCAGAAGACGGAAAGAAGAUCUUCACAAACGUUUCGUCAAGAAACUCGGCCACCCAGACAGCAUGCUGCGUCGCCGGGGUCCUGCCGUUGAAGAGGCUGCACAGGGCGCAGAAGAUGAAGACGGGGAAGACGGCGAUGAGGAAGAGGCACCACCGCCACCCAAGGGCGCGAAAAAGGGUGGUGCUCGUGCGAACAAGAAGCUCACGCCCAUGGAGAUGCAGUUCCUCGACAUCAAGCGCAAACACAUGGACACAGUACUCAUCGUUGAGGUUGGCUACAAGUUUCGUUUCUUUGGCGAGGAUGCGCGGAUUGCCGCCCGCGAGCUGAGCAUUGUCUGCAUACCUGGCAAGUUCCGCUACGACGAGCAUCCUUCCGAGUCACAUCUCGACCGUUUCGCGUCUGCCAGCAUCCCCGUUCACCGGCUGCCCGUGCACGCCAAGAGGCUUGUCGCCGCUGGUCACAAGGUUGGCGUCGUGCGGCAAAUCGAGACAGCUGCCUUGAAAAAGGCAGGCGACAACCGGAAUGCGCCUUUCGUGCGCAAGCUGACCAAUGUCUACACGAAAGGCACAUACAUUGAUGAGAACGGAGAGCUCGAUGCGCAAGGGGAAAAUGGCGCCCCGGCCGCUGGCUAUCUUCUCUGCAUUACCGAGACGCCUUCCAAAGGUCAAGGCACAGACGAGAAGGUCGAUGUGGGCAUCGUGGCAGUCCAGCCGGCGACGGGAGACAUCAUCUACGACAACUUUGAAGACGGAUUCAUGCGUAGUGAGAUCGAGACCCGCCUGCUGCACAUUUCCCCCUGCGAGUUCGUCAUUGUAGGGGACCUCACCAAGGGCACAGACAAGAUGAUCCGCCACCUGUCCGGCAGCAGUACCAAUGUUUUUGGCGAUCGGAGCCGCGUUGAGCGAGUCCCGCGAUCGAAAACGAUGGCCGCCGAGGCAUACACCCACGUCACUCAGUUUUACGCCGACAAGAUGAAGGAUACGGCAGCGGAGUCGGCUGAUAAUGGGACAGCAGUACUGUUACUCGACAAGGUCCUACAUUUGCCUGAGGCCGUGACUAUCUGUCUGUCUGCAAUGAUCACGCAUCUAAAGGAGUAUGGUCUUGAGCAUAUCUUCGAUCUGACCAAAUACUUUCAGAGCUUUACAACCCGCCAGCACAUGCUGAUCAACGGCUCAACCCUCGAGAGCCUUGAGGUAUAUCGUAAUUCAACCGACCACACCGAACACGGUAGCCUUUUCUGGGCCCUCGACAAGACUUCUACUCGCUUUGGGCAGCGACUAUUGCGGAAGUGGGUUGGCCGCCCUUUGCUUGACGAUAGUCAGCUGGCGGAACGUGUCGCCGCUGUUGAAGAAAUCGCCAAUGGCCAGGGCACCCCACAGGUUGACAAGCUCGAGGCACUUCUGGUUGGUAUAAAGACAGACCUCGAGCGCAGCCUCAUCCGCAUGUACUACGCAAAGUGUAGUCGCCCCGAACUCCUUGCUGUACUGCAGUCCCUGCAGCGUAUUGCGACCCAGUACGCGACCAUCAAGACGGCUUCUGAUAUCGGGUUUGCCUCUCCUCUCAUCACAAAUGCGCUUCUCUCCCUUCCUCACAUCCUCGACACUAUCAUCUCCUAUCUUGACAAGAUCAACCCCGAGGCUGCUCGCAAAGAUGACAAGUACAACUUUUUCCGUGAAGCCGAGCAGAACGAUGACAUUCAGGACUUCAAAAUGGGCAUCGUGGCUGUCGAGCAGGAACUUGACGAGCAUCGCCGCGAUGCCGCCGCUAAGCUCGGCCGGAAGAAACCCGUCGACUACGUCACAGUCGCCGGUAUCGAAUACCUUAUUGAGGUACUCAACACCGAUCUCAAGAACGUGCCGGCUUCAUGGGCCAAGAUUUCCGGCACCAAGAAACUCUCCCGCUUCCACACCCCUGAAGCAGUCCGCCUGCUGGCAGCCCGCGAUCAGAAUCGUGAAGCUCUCGCUUCGGCUUGCGAUGCCGCCUUCGCCGCCCUCCUCCACGAUUUAGCCCACGACGCCUACCAGCCUCUCCGGGAUGCCGUCGCGUCUCUGGCCACGCUUGACUGCCUCAUGUCUCUUGCGCGGGUAGCCCGUCUUCCUGGCUACACCAAGCCCACUUUCCUCCCCUCUUCGGCUCCGCCGCAAAUCUCCGUCACCGCAGGUCGCCACCCUGUCGCAGAUCACACGUUACCCAACGGCUACAUCCCCUUCACCGCCGCCCUCGCCUCCCCGACCCCUCUAGCCUACCUCAUCACCGGUCCCAACAUGGGAGGCAAGUCCUCCUUCGUCCGCGCACUCGCGCUCCUCGCUCUCCUAGCCCAGAUCGGCUCCUACGUCCCCGCCGAAGCCCUGACUCUCGCGCCUCUCGACGCCAUCCAUGCCCGCAUGGGCGCCCGCGACAACCUCUUCGCCGGCGAGUCCACCUUUGCCCUCGAGCUCUCCGAGACCUCACGCGUCCUGCGCGCCGCGACCCCGCGCUCCCUCGUCCUCCUCGACGAGCUCGGCCGCGGCACAUCCACCCACGACGGCGCCGCCAUCGCCCACGCCGUCCUCCACCACGUCGCCCAUAACCUCCGGUGCCCGACGCUCUUCAUCACCCAUUACCAGAACCUCGCGCGCAUGGCGGAUCCCACCGGCGAGGGACCCAUUCGGAAUGUGCACAUGCGGUUCACCGCCACCAGGCCCGAUGGGCGAGAGGCGCCCGACAACGAGGCCGGCGCUGAUGGUGAAGGCGAUGACGAUGUUGACGCCGCCGCCGCUGCGGAUGAGGAGAUUACGUUCCUUUACGAGGUGGCUGAGGGCGUUGCGCACAGGUCAUAUGGCCUGAACGUCGCGCGUCUGGCGCGGAUCCCCCGCAAGGUCAUCAACGUGGCCGCACGCAAGUCGCGCGAGCUGGAGAGAGAUAUGCGCAUACGCAGAUUGCAGGGAGCUGGUCGUCUCUUGUCUGAUUUGUUUACGACGGGCAAUGAGGUGGACGCUGCUGAUCAGCUGGACCACCUAAUCUCGAGCAUUGAACAACUGUAA